UUAUCAUGAUUUGUUUAUGCAUUAAUUAGAUAAGAUGAAAUCUCCUCAUCUAAAUUAUCUAGCGAAAGUUCUCAAGCAUCACAGUAUUCCUACCCAGAGAUGGUUUAAGGAAAAGGGAAAAUUUAGGAUAUUUAGGAGUUAUCUAAAUAUAUGUUGCCUAAUGAGUUUAGGAGUUUAUAAUCACUAUAUAUAAGGAGAUGCUAAGGUGUAAGAGCAUCUUUAUCGGGAGAUCUUAUGAGGAGUUUUUAGUUUAAUUAGGAAUUAAAGAAAAAGAAAAAAAGCCAAUUACCAGAAGCAACGUAUCUUAAUUAGGUGACAUAGGAUACGCCUCUUGAUGCCACCCGUCGCUUUUUUGGGGUAGACAAUUUCUUCUCCCUCUUCCUUUUUUAUGUUUUUUCCUUUAUUACAGAACUCUGUGAGAUAAGCACAUACGUUUGCGUCAUUACCUCUCUAAGAUAAGCCACAGGUUCCGCAUCUUUCUGCUUCUACAGUUUCUGGUCGUCACUGUUAGCCAGUUUACCACGUUUUUCCAGACCACUGCGUAUAGCGGACGUAUCACGUAUAUAAACGGUGGUGAUUUCGCGGUCUCUGCGGUGGUCCAAGUUGUUGGGAUUAUUUUGUCUGCACGCAGCAACGAAGAUAUCUCAUAGAGCUCAAGCGAUAGCAUCAGUUGCAAGUAAAUGGCAUGCAAUAAUGUUGUGCUAAUCUACGGAUACAACUCAGAUAAGGACUUGUCCUAGUGGAGUUCACUUGGAAGCCACCACGAAUCCACCCAUCUCCUUUCAGAAUUAGUUAGGGUAGAAUGGGUUCAAGCUCAGCAGUAGUAUCUACAAUUGUGCAGAACUGGAGAGAGCAUCCUCCUUCUUCGUAUUCCCUCAAGGUUCACAACUUCUCACAGCUAGUGAAUUCGACGACGGCCUCGGAUGAUAAAUACCAAUCUCGUCUUUUCUCAUCGGGUGGAUAUAAUUGGAGACUGAUCGUCUACCCAAAUGGUAACGGAAAGGAUGAUGGGAGUGGAUUUAUUUCCAUGUACGUGGAAAUAGACAGCAAAAUAACAACAGAGGUUUUUGCGGAACUCCGUUUCUUUGUCUACAACAAAAAAGAAAACAAGUACUUUACUAUUCAAGAUCUAGAAGUAAGGCGGUUCAAUGCCCUUAAAACGGUGUGGGGAUUGCAGCAAUUUCUUCCAUUGGAUACAUUCAAUGACCUUAAAAAUGGAUACAUCUUUGAGGGAGGUCAUUGUGAGUUUGGUGUUGAUGUCAUUGUUGCAUCACCCCUCACCAACUGGGAAAUCCUGUCUUUUGACGAGAAACUCUCGAACCCCAAGUUCUCUUGGGCUGUCAAGAAAUUAUCUGACUUGAAAGAGCAUGUUUACACAUCAGACAGUUUCUCAAUGGGAGGAAGACAAUGGGUUCUAAAGAUGUAUCCGAAGGGUGACUCUGGAUCAGAUGGCAAAUGGUUAUCCUUUUAUCUGUUUUUAGCUGCUGGUGAUACACUAAAAGCAGAUGAGAAGGUUUUUAGGCAAGGGCAUAUUCGAGUUCUAGACCCACUUGGAUCCAAUCACAUUGAACUUAAAACAAACCGCUGGGUCGAGCGAUCAAAUACGGGUUGGGGUUGGGACCAGUUUUUGUCUUUAGCUGAACUUCGGAAGUCUUACUUGGACAAGAAAGACACGUUGAAUGUUGAGGUGGAAUUCGAAGUUGUUUCUGCUACCAAAUACUCUACCAUUAUCUGAGCUUUACUUUGUACUCUCAUAAUAUCUAUUAUCUACUAUGAUCACUAUAGUACUAUGUGACAAAGUUUGUCUUUAGCUGAUCUUCAAAAGGUUUUACUUGGAUAAGGAAGACGCAAUUAAAUUUGGUAUCGAAUUUAGAGGUUUUUUUACUGCUACCAAAUAUGUACUCUCCAAUAUCUAAUCUAAGCUCUACUUUUUAUACUUUUA